GGAAAAUAGACGCAUCGUUUUUUUUUUUGCUCUACUGUUACCGCGAGUCAAGCAGAGAGCAAGGGUUGAAUAUGAAUUCUUAGUAGUUCUUACCUUUUUGGUUGCUUGGAAGUUGUUGCUGUACGCGUAAAAAUCGAACGAAUGCAAGGACCGGUGCAGAAUGAGGGGCUCCUGGUUCUCGGACCGUCGUGAACGAAGCGCGAGGACUUUUGUCUUUAGUGGACGAGCCAUAGGUGGCACCUAUGGCGUGGAGCAAAGAGCAAAAGAAGCUCCAGAAAGAUUGAUAUGAACCUUUUUAAGCGUAAAACAGCGCCGACGGGCGAGGAAGGGGAGGAUGCGGCAGGCCAGGAAGAUCCUGGUGAGGCUACGCCGCUGACGGGCGGGUCUCCGGUGAGUGGUGCCGCCGGCAGCCCGCCCCCAGUUCCGGGGACCGCCAAUGAACUCGAUAUAACAAGGGACCGCAGUGCGCUCGCCGGUGGGGCGGGAGCAAAGGCCGAUCCUGACGCGAGCGGCGAUUUUGGGACAGGCAUGUUUGACGAGGACGACCUUUUCGGGCUGUCGAGUGCUCCGAAAGGAAUGAUCAAGGAAGAAGACGAGGUCGUGUCGAUCGAGGCUGAAUCGUGGGGAGAGAGUAGCGAGGAUAUCGAUCGCGAUCGCAGUCAGCUAGCAAACCAUCCGUACCCCACGCUGCCAUGGUUGCGAAACAAGAAGUACAUCGAAAAGGAGCGGGAAGCAGAGGAUGUGGUUGUAACAAAGGGCGAAAUGCUGAAGUAAUCCUGUUUAUUUUUAAGCUAUUUUUGGUUCUUUAUUUGAAAUUCGAGAUCCAUGUACAUCCAAACAAGAACAUUGGAAGAUGAGAAUAAGAGAAACGCUGGGCCUGGGUCAGUGGCAGCAUGAUUACUGCAGAAAAUAUUGUUUUUUUCGUACGCAAAAAAAAACUAACUACUUUCCAGCUUUCUCAACGCUUACCUCUGGUUUCUCGAGGCCGGUGGGGGUAUUCCUUUCACAGUGAGUAUGUGGUUCAUCUUCGUUCUCCUCGUCAAUCUACACGGGGAUGUGGAGCAAACUUUUAGCGUCAAAAGAACGCUGUCCGAGUCUGUUUCGAACAUCGUCGCCCAUCCUUUGCUGGGAAACGCACCGAAAAUAGCGGGAUCAACACAGGAAACUGUACACUAGAUAUAUACUACACCGACUAACACCUACUGAAUAGAAUAUUUCCGUCCAAGAGUUGUCGCACAAUCAUGCUCCUUUUACGUUUACUGAGAAUUACGAUACAAAGACGUGUAAGACACUUCUGUCAACUUCAUGGCAGACCUGCAACUGAUGCUGAAUGUUCAUUUUGUAGUAAGUACCCGUCUGAAAUUAUUAUGAAUUCACCUUCUUGAUCUUGUUUCUUGACAGGUAGUGAAUAUGCAUUGUGACUGCAAUUGCCAGCCCAGGGAGGCGUUGGGCAGGGGCGUACAGGCUGUGCGGGGGUGCGAUAAUGUGCAAACGAACCAGUUCGCGUUUAUGGGUGACCAAGAGAACAUCCAAAUCCAUCGGAUUUCGGGGAUGGUCACAGGUCCGACCUACACAGAGUUUGCCAUGGAGAGCACGCGAGAAACCAUCUUUAAGGACAAGCAAGAGGAAAUAGGGGACGAGACUAAGGUGAGUCUCAACGUGACUACCUGGGAACAAGUAAUAUCCGUCCGAGACUCCUGGUUUUGGCUGCAGCACGGGCUACUACCGGUACUCUGAGCUCUUUGUGCUCAUCGUCAAUCUAAGGACGCUUAAAUGGUGCAAAUGAGUAAAAGGCGCAAUGGAUUACACUUGUUAGUUGAGUCGUUUGCUGUUGUUGUGUGAUGCGCACUCCCUAACCCUACAGCUACAACUUAGCCAAGAAUGCCAAAAAAGCGACAACUUGUCCUUACAUUUAUGACAGGUGCUUUGGCAGGAGAAUCAGUUGACAUUUAAGGAUGUCGAACUCGAGACUGUUCUAGCAGGUAUAAUACCUAACAAAGCUACGUCGGAACGCGCAGGGCGAAUGCGCUUGUUCAACCAGAUGAUAGGUGGCAUGCGAUUGCAGCAGAAGAAACUCGGCGCGUCUGGUUGCCCCGUCAAUAAGGAUUUGCGGUCGUGGUAUGGCAUGGAAUGCAGGUCAGACUUACCGCAGACCCAAGCCUAUGGUCCGGGAACUGAAGCACGCAACCUGCCAUUUCAGCCUGUAGCUGGAAAAUCUGGAAUCUUUGAAGCCUACUUUGACAUCGGACGGAAACUCGCAACUGCUGGCGGAGCACUAGAAGAAGUGGAGCAUCUGUUGGUAGAACUGAUAAAGCUAAAUUUCCUUUGUGUUUUUCUUUUUCGGGUCUCUCCAUACUUUGAGUCUAGCAAGCUUGGUUUCAUUUUUUUCCGUUUCGUUUAUACUGUACUCGAAGCUUUACUUUGAUAUCAAUCUGCAUCUCCAAGGAGUGAAGCGUCGUCGUGAACAAAUUUAGUAAGCAGAUACUUCUUCUUCAUCACUUUGUCUUUGAACGACAUGCUUUUCGUGGCGAAAGUUCCCGGCACUUGCUUCUCAUUUUCUUACUCUUCCCACGUGACUGUGAUUGAAAUUGAUGAGGUACCAAACGAGUGGAUUGACGAAAAUACGGAGUGGCUUGAGUUUCAGGCCGCUUUCUUCAACGCCCAAGUCCGUCUGUUUUCCUUACUCAAAGUGCGGUUCACGUUCCAGGCAGGUGGGUACAUGGAGAAGGAGAUCCGGGUGAGCGCGACCUCCGCCAACUUGUAUCCGAAUCUCUUUUACUAUGUUCCUGAUGUCUUGUGGUUGUCCAUGAUUGCGAUGCUGUUCCAGCAGGAGCUGUUCGAAGUAUUGAAAGCUAGGCGGAACAAGUAUUUACGGGACUACCUGAAGGAUCGAUGGAACUUUCUCGAUUGGUGCACAAUCACGCUUGGUAUUGUUAUGGCUGCGCUCUGGUUCGAUAUGGUGUCGGCGCAAGCGGGCUUGGCGACGGAAGUCGGUGACUUACCAGCGACACCAAGCCAAAUUGACGAGAGCGGACAAAGCGUCGCUGUGUCUAGCAUAGAAGCGUACCAUGAGCAAUGGGGGAACAUCAUCGACCGCAUUCAAGAACUAGCGGAUCAGCAAUGGUACUGGCGUCUAAGAGUAUUGAAAGAAAAAUUGUUUGAAUCUCGUACUCAAGAAGUAUUCGAAUUUUGUUUUUUCUUGAACAAGCGUAGCCUCCGAAACUUUGGUUCACCAAAUCCUCAUCUACAGGAUCCAGUACAAUCUGUUGUUCUGGUACACGUUGAUUUUGAUGUUGCGGUUCUUCAAGCAGUUUCAGGGACAGCCACGAUUGGCGCUGUUGUCCUUAACGUUGUACAACAGCAUGCACGAUAUGGUGCACUACUUGAUCGUGUUUUUCACGGUCUUCUUCAACUACGCCUUAGGGGGUCACGCACUCUUCGGUGCACUGUUGGAGGAGUGGAGUACCAUGAGCAAAUCCAUCAACACCAGUUUCUUGGCCAUUUUGGGAGAAUUCGACUUCAACCAAAUGUUCGAGCUAAGCCCAAUUACUGCAACUUUGUGGUUUUGGUCCUUCAUGAUUCUGAUGACCUUCAUCCUUCUCAAUCUACUCAUUGCGAUGAUCUUCGACCAGUACCACCAAAUCAAGCGCAACAUGGGCGAAUCUAAGGGCGUAGCAGCGCAGACGCUCGAGUUCAUUGGUGAGCUCAAUUGGAACAUUGACUGGCUGCUGCAAAGACGGAAAUACCUCAAGUUAAGGCUUUCAGUGUCAAUCAUCUUUGUUUUCGCAGGAUCGGGAUUUGACCGCGCCGAUCUCAUCAAACUCAAAUAUUAUUCCUGCAGCGAAGAGCGAGAUUGUCCGUUAGAAAGUUUAAGUUUUGGUUCGAGGUGGACUCUGACGACUGUAUUCACUGUGACAUCAUGUCGUGGGUGUCCAAUUCAUUGCUUAUGUAGACGCAAAAAGGUCCUUUGAACUUCUAAUCAAACUCGGAAUAUUAAACCCAGAAAUGGAGUCGCUGUUCAAGGGCACGAAGAGCGUUGAAGACAUCUACGAAGAUUUCUGCACUGAAGGUGGCCAGGAUCUUGAGUAUGGCAGAAAGACAGUCCUCCAGCAGCGGGCAGACGCAAGACAGGCGCAGAGAGAACAGUACCUACUACCUUGUUUUUUCUUGACGAGAUGAUGUAUCAUGUCCUUACGCAGACGCGAACUGAGUUCUGCUAGAAUGCAUAUUCAGGAAUAUCAAAGAACCCCCGUUGUAUUUGUAAUAUCUAUCAUUAUUGAAGUUGAUCAACCACAGCCACUUGUAUGACGCAAAUCGCUUUUUUUCUAGCUCACGAUCAUCUUCUUGUACUCUUGUUUCGCACUUUCACGAGGUACGAAAAGGCAGAGAAAACAGAGGCAGUAAAAGAGACACCGAAGGAGCGAAGGCGGAGACAGAGAGCAGAGGGCGGCACUGGUGCGAUGCCCGACGUCAAUCCGGAGAUCGCGGCAGAAGCAGUAGCGAAGCUGACUGAGGAAAGAGAAAAGCAGGAGAAAGAGAAAGGCAAGGGCGGCACAAUAUCAGGCAUGCUGACAAAUAAGCGCAUGUCGCUCGCAGAUGCAGCGCUUCUAGCAAAAAUGGUACAUCAACUUCUUUGACUUUUCUUGCAUUAGAGUUUCACAGUUUGUAAUUUAUCUGCGUCGAGAAUUAUUUUUCUCGCCGAAGAUCGAUGUGAACAAAAAAUCAUUUCUCUGUGUAAAAAACGCGGAGAUUCUUGAAUUUCAUUCCUGCUUGCGCUUUUUUCGCUCCGAUUCCUCUAAUAACAAAUGACCUCCGUACAACAGAUCCAUGUGGAUGAGGAGAAGCUGAGCGCGCAAGAGCGAGAGAAGGAGCGAAUGCGAACAAGGAUCGAUGUUCUGGAUCUAGAGCAGCAGUUCAACGUGGAGCCACGGUUUGCCAGGCAUUUGAUGCUUGCCUGCAAGAAGCAUGUUGACGAAGAGGUAGACUUCGCCGAAUUGAGGCAAAAUGAAAUGAAGCAACUCGUGACGGACGUCGAGCAAACGUUGAAAGACGUCGACAAGGAGUGCCAGAUAGUGGAGGACUCGUUGAAAGAGUCAAUGCGCAAGGUGGUCCAGAGCUGCCUCAAGUUAGACGGUGUGUGCCAAGCGACCGUGCAGGAAACCGUGGACUUGCAUCCACGAGUCGGAUUGCUCGUUCCGCGAGGGUGCCGAACCUCGUGGGGUGAGAGGGCUCCGGGAGGAGGCAGGGACAAAGCCCCUGCAUCUCCGGUGGGGGCAACCACAGGAGGAUUGGGCUCACCGCUAGGCACAACAGGCGGCCAGUCGCAGUCACCCAUGGGAACGACCGGUAAAUUGAAAGCGGUCUUGGCAAUCGCGAACAUGUAG